AUGGAUCUGCCGCCUCUCUUCGACGCCGUCGAUGGGCAGACGGCCCUGUCUGGUCCUGCGCGCGCCUGCUCCGCUCCCGCAAAGCGUCGACGCCCCGCGCCCUCAUUGACUGAUUGUUGCCGCACUUGCCGCUUGCGAAAGGUCAAAUGCUCAGGCAACCCUGGCGAGGGGCCUUGCAGCAACUGCGCCAGGCUGGACCUGACGUGCGGCUUUACCGCUGCCGAGGACGACGACGACGUAGCGAUCUCGAGAACGACUCCGUCGUAUAGCCAUACCGAGGCCGGCACCUUGAGGAAGAGGGCCCAGAGGGCCUGCAGCCAGUGCCACUCUCACAAGACCAAGUGCUCGGGUAAUCUGCCGCGGUGUAAGCGAUGCGAGUCCGGCGGGCUGGCCUGCGAGUACACUCCCGCGAAACGACGCUUCACCAACGUUCGCUUCCGGAACCCGUCGGCCAAGUCCGAGCCCGGGAACACGGCCAAAGCCAGCACCAACCCAGAGCCGAACCAGGUCAAGUCGGCUCGUCGAGGAGACGCCGUUGCCAGUCCGGCGCCGGGUGCUGGGAGCGGCGGGAGCAGCCCGUUUGCCUUGAUAGCCAACGAGUCCAACCUCGGCUCCGAGGAAAUGCUCGUGCGGCGCGAUAUUCUCCUGAGGCACGUGGACGCCUACAUGGGCUACAUGUACUGGCUGCCCUGCCAAGGCUACCUGCACCCCGAAACGACAUAUCGCGAGAUCCAAGAGGGCGCGCUCGACCCGACCGUGGCCGCCGCCGUAUGCGGCAUCACGUCCGUCUUUGUCAGCCCGAGCGACGCCGGCGGCGAGUUUGGCACCAAGUGCAGCGCCCACGUCGAAAUGUACCUGUUCCGAAACGGCGACAAGUUCUCGGACAACCUGCUCCUCCUCUUCGCGCUCAGCAUCACCUUCAACCUCAUCCGCGGCGAGUUCGCCAAGGUCUGGCAGUCCUUUGGCGUGGCCUCGAGGCUGAUGCUCGGGCUCCGCAUCAACUGGGACGUCGGGCCGCGCGACGACCAGUCGUUUGCGCAGCAGGAGUCGUUGCGGCGCGUGGCCUGGCACCUGUUCCAUCUCGAUCGCAUGCUCGCCGGCGGCUACGAAGAGUACAUCUCGUGCCGCGCAGACGUCAUGAGGAUCGCGCUGCCCUGCGCCGAGGCGGCCUUUCGCGAGAACAGACCCGUCAACGCCGAGCGGCUGUACGACAAGCCGGGCAACCACCCCAGCACCAUCAACCUGCACGCCUACCAGCUGCGCCUGAUAGACCUGCGGCACCGAAUACAAGUCACGACCAAGCGCCUAUGUGCCGUCGGCCCGGCCACGCAGUCCCAGCUAGGCGCCUCCAAGAUCAUGGCCGACAUCAACGGGCUGCAGAACGAGCUGACCCGGUUCCACAUGUCGCUGCCCCCCGAGAUCCUGCUCAGCGACCAGACCGUGGCCAAGUACAUGGCCUCGACCGAGCGCUGCGGCUACGUCUUCCUCCACACCCACCUGGCCAUCAGCCACAUCGACCUGUACCGCUUCUCCCUGCCGGGCCAGCGGGACAAGGUGCCCGCCGAGGUGCUGCGCAGGCUCCCGCCCGAGUUCAUCGCCCGGUCGCAGAAGCAGGCCGUGGCGCACGCCAUGUGCCUCGGGCGCUUCUGCGACGCCAUCCAGACCGAGGUCGACCAGAUGCGCGACACGGGCAGGCUCGAGCUGGCGGGCGACUACUCGACGUUCCAGAUGUCGACGCACUGCGUGCGCGUGCUCCUCGUCGCGCUGCAGCACGAGCUGUACCGCGACAUCACCGACGUCACGACGGCCCCGUUGUGGCGGAGCGUCGAGGUGGACGAGGCGCACAUUCGCUUCCUCGUCGACGCGGUCCAGCGCGUCACCCGGCCGUGGUGCUGCAUCCUGAAAGUGGCCCAGCAAGCAUACGACCACAACAUUGCCCUCAUCGAAGGGUUCAACAAGACGCGCAAGGUGGCCGAUCAGCGAGCCGUCGAGACCAUGUUCGCCGGCAAGCCGGACAGCGCCCACCCCUGCUCGCCAGGCCCCGACGCCAUCCUCGAAAGCAUCGCCGCCACCGGCAGCCCAGACGAGCACGCCGGACGCGCCCUCUCGCAGCGGCCCUCGAACCCGUCAACCCCGUGGAUCGCCGCGCCCCCCGACCCCGGGACCGCACUGCAUCAGCAUCAGCAUCAGCAGCGUCAGCAGCAACCCCCCGGCAUCCCGCUGUUCCUCGCCCAGGCCAGGAACCGGCGCGCCAGCGGCGCCUUGCCCCCCACGGCGGACGCGACCUCGCCGCUGCCCGACGCGCAGCUCGCGCCCGCGCAGCUCGCGCCCGCCCAGCAGCACAUGUACGCCGGGGACGGCUACGCCGACGACCUGGCCAGCCGGCCCUACGGCCAGGGAUGCUACGCCCACCCGCUGGGGGACUACUAG